AUGGCUCUGACGCUGCGUUCCUCGACGUCGUUCCUGUCGCCCGUGGACCCCACCUCCAAGCUCCUCCACAAGCCCGCCGACGAGGCGCCGCCCUGCUGCGUCGCCGUGCCCCCUGCCGCGCCCAGCCGCAGGCCGGGCGCACUCAGGGCGUCCGCGGCGGCAGCGGCGCCCUCACCGGCGGCGGCGACGGGCCGCGCGCCGGCGGGGGCCGAGCUGCUGCACUGCGGCGGCGGCGCUGGGGGCCAGCAGCACGGGCUGCGGCGCGGCGGGGUGCCGGUGUACGUGAUGCUGCCGCUGGACACGGUGGGGCCUGGCGGCCAGCUGUCGCGGCAGCGCGCGGUGGCGGCCAGUCUGAUGGCGCUGCGGGGCGCCGGGGUGGAGGGCGUCAUGGUGGACGUGUGGUGGGGCGUCGUGGAGCGGGACGGCCCGGGGCGCUACGACUGGGAGGCCUACGCCGAGCUCGUGCGCAUGGUGGAGCGCGCCGGCCUCCGCCUCCAGGCCGUCAUGUCCUUCCACCAGUGCGGCGGCAACGUCGGCGACACCUGCAACAUCCCGUUGCCGCCAUGGGUGCUGGAGGAGAUGAGCAGCAACCCGGAUAUCGUGUACACGGACAGGUCCGGCCGCCGGAACCCCGAGUACAUCUCCCUCGGCUGCGACACAAUUCCCGUGCUCAAGGGCCGGACCCCCAUCCAGGUCUACACCGACUACAUGCGCAGCUUCCGCGAGAGAUUCCGUGACUACCUCGGCAAUGUCAUCGCGGAGAUCCAAGUGGGCAUGGGUCCUUGUGGAGAGCUGAGGUAUCCUUCAUACCCUGAGGCCAACGGAACCUGGCGUUUCCCGGGCAUUGGCGAGUUCCAAUGCUAUGACAAGUACAUGCGGGCAUCGCUGGAAGCCGCGGCGGUGGCGGCGGGCCACAAGGAGUGGGGGAGGGGCGGACCGCACGACGCCGGCGAGUACAAGCAGAUGCCCGACGACACAGGCUUCUUCCGGCGCGAUGGCACGUGGAGCACCGAGUACGGGCAUUUCUUCCUGGAGUGGUACUCGCGCAUGCUCCUGGAGCACGGUGACCGCGUCCUGGCCGCGGCCGAGGCCGUGUUCGGCGGCACGAGCGCAACGCUCUCCGCCAAGGUCGCUGGCAUCCACUGGCACUACCGGACCCGGUCCCACGCGGCGGAGCUCACGGCCGGGUACUAUAACACGCGGUACCGUGACGGGUACGCGCCGAUCGCGCGCACGCUGGCCAAGCGCGGCGCCGUGCUCAACUUCACAUGCAUGGAGAUGAAGGACGAGCAGCAGCCGCAGCACGCCAGCUGCUCCCCCGAGCUGCUGGUGCAGCAGGUUAAGGCCGCGGCCAGCAAAGCCGGGGUGGAGCUCGCCGGCGAGAACGCGCUGGAGCGGUACGACGAGGCGGCGUUCUCGCAGGUGGUGUCGACGGCGCGCGGCGCAGGCCUGGCCGCGUUCACGUACCUGCGCAUGAACAAGACGCUCUUCGACGGCGACAACUGGCGGCAGUUCGUGUCCUUCGUCAAGGCCAUGGCCGACGGCGGCGCGAGGCCGGCGCUGCCGCGGUGCGACACGGGGCACUCGGACCUGUACGUCGGGUUCGUCGACGCCUCCAAGCAGAGGAAGGCGCCUGAGGCCGAGGGCGCCGCCACCGCCGCGGCAGUGUAG